AUGUCGGGUGUUCGAGGUCAUUUCUCAUGCUGAUAGCAAGAACGAUGUCUUUCUAUGCCGUCAGAAGAGGAAGGAUUCCGGGCAUUUAUAGAACGUGGGCAGAGUGCAAUACUCAAGUGUUAAGAUACUCUGGCGCAUCAUUUAAGAAGUUUAGGACAUUGAAUGACGCCAAUGCUUUUAUUGAUGAAGUAGAUCCCAAGACUAAAUUAUCUGGAAGGAAACGAGAGCUUUCUUUUGAUGAUUCUGGUUGUCAGAAUUCAGAUUGCAAGAAACUGAGGCAGUUGGAGGAUUUCGUUAUUUGUGAAAUGAAAGAUGUGAAAGAAGUGAAGGAUGACUGUGUGGUAGUGUAUACAGAUGGCAGCUGCGAGAACAAUGGAAAGUGCACAGCUAGAGCAGGCAUUGGAGUAUUUUGGGGUCCAGCUCAUCCUUUAAAUGCAAGUGAGCGUUUGGUUGGGAAGCAGACUAAUCAGAGAGCUGAGAUUGUGGCUUGCUGUCGAGCACUUGAAAUUGCCAAGGAGCAGAAUAUUGCUCAUCUUGAGAUUAGAACAGACAGCCAAUUUGUUAUUAAUGCUAUAACAAUGUGGAUAGAGAGAUGGAAGGAGAAUGGUUGGAAAACACAAGUUGGAGGAGAUGUCAAGAAUAUGGAUGACUUUAAACGACUUGAGAAGUUAACCAAUACUGUUAAAGUAAAAUGGACUCAUGUUAAUGGUCAUUGCGGUGUAUUUGGAAAUGAAGAAGCUGAUAAGCUGGCAAGGAAUGGUGGAGCAAGAUCUUACUGAGUGUUAUAAGCUCAGAAUUUGGUUUGGGAAUAUGGUAAUGGUACAUAGUUAACGUUUACGUAUCCAAAUAGAUAGACAGAGAUGUGCAUGCUAUACUGGAAUUGAAGCGUGUUGUUACGAGCACUUUGCUAUUGGUGCAUUUGCAUAUUGUGUCCAUUGGUUUAGAUUGAAUUCAAAUGAUACACAGGCCGUGAAUGAAACAACGAAAAACAAAUUCUGUGUAGUAAUUAGUAAUCAUAAUCAUCACUGAUUACCAUUAGCUUGCUCUUGUGGCUUAUGGGGGUUGAACUGCAAGAAGAACUGCUUUCUCUGCUGUAAGAAUGUUGUUGACUGUCAUCCAGUUGAGGGAUGUAUUUGUCCUAGUGGCUGAAGAGGCGACCAUCGUGAAGUCUGUAUUAGUCUUUGUUGACCUGUUGUAGUACUUGUUCAGUCAUGUACUUCA